UACAAGGCGCCCCCCUUCCCUUAGGCUUAGUGCUGGGCUAGGAACAUAAGCGGGGACCUCGACGGCGGCGCGCAAGAGGUGCUCGAGGAAAUGCCCGUGCGAACCCGGCGCUCUCUGGAGGCAGCAGGAACAUGCUCGUGACGCUCGGGUUCCGGCGUGCCGCCGUGCCCCGCCUAGCGCGCCGCGACAUGUGUGGUGCGGCGGCUCGGCGCACCACAGCGUCGGGUUUGGUGGCGGUGGCCGGGGGCGGAGCGAGCUUCCACGACUACGACGCCGCCAUCACGGCGUGCGUCGAGAGGCGGGCGCUCAAGCAAGGAAGGCAGGUGCACGCGCACAUGGUCACGGCGAGGUACCGCCCGCCCGUGUACCUGGCCACGCGGCUGGUCAUCAUGUACGCGAGGUGCGGCGCGCUGGACGACGCGCGCAACGUGCUCGACGGGAUGCCGGAACGGAAUGUGGUGUCCUGGACGGCCAUGAUCUCGGGGUAUUCGCAGAGCGGCCGGCACGCCGAGGCGUUGGAGCUAUUCACCCGGAUGCUUAGAGCUGGAUGCAAGCCUAAUGAAUUCACUUUCGCAACUGUUCUUACAUCAUGUUCUGGCCCUCAAAGCAUACACCAGGUCAAGCAAGUCCAUUCUCUUGUUGCCAAAACAAAUUUUGAGUCGCACAUGUUUGUUGGGAGCUCCCUUCUUGACAUGUACGCCAAGGCAGGGAAUAUCCAAGAAGCUCGGAGGGUGUUCGACAUGCUUCCAGAAAGAGACACUGUUUCCUGUACCGCCAUUAUAUCUGGCUAUGCUCAGCUGGGCCUUGAUGAUGAAGCCUUGGACUUGUUCAGGCAGUUGUACAGUGCAGGGAUGCAAUGCAAUUAUGUUACUUUUACGACCCUUCUCACUUCAUUAUCUGGGCUGGCCUCCCUGGAUUAUGGCAAGCAAGUUCAUGGACUAAUACUUCGUAAAGAGUUACCAUUUUUCGUUGUUCUACAGAAUUCUUUGAUUGAUAUGUACUCCAAGUGCGGCAAGUUGUUAUACUCAAGGAGGGUAUUUGAUCACAUGCCACAGAGAUCAACCAUCAGUUGGAAUGCAAUGCUUAUGGGAUAUGGUAGACAUGGCAUAGGGCAUGAAGUUGUUCAGCUCUUUAGAACUAUGACUGAAGAAGUGAAGCCUGACAGCGUUACCCUGUUGGCUGUUUUAUCUGGUUGUAGUCACGGUGGGCUGGUUGAUGAGGGCCUUGACAUAUUCGAUCUUAUAGUAAAAGAACAAAAUGCAGUUCUCAGCAUUGGGCAUUAUGGGUGUGUUAUUGAUCUUCUUGGACGCUCUGGACGACUACAGAAGGCUUUAGAUUUGAUACAGGAUAUGCCAUUUGAGCCGACUCCAGCAAUUUGGGGUUCAUUGCUUGGUGCUUGCAGAGUUCAUGUUAACGUUAGUGUUGGUGAGGUUGUUGCUCAGAAACUUCUGGACAUGGAGCCAGGAAAUGCUGGAAACUAUGUGAUCCUUUCUAACAUUUAUGCUGCUGCUGGAAUGUGGAAAGAUGUUUUCAGAGUUAGGAACUUAAUGCUGGAGAAGACGGUGACCAAGGAACCAGGGCAGAGCUGGAUAAUUCUUGACAAGGUUAUCCACACCUUCCGCUCAAGUGAUCGUUUCCAUCCCAGGAAGAAAGAUAUAGAUGCUAAGAUAAAGGAGAUAUAUGUUGAUAUUAAAGCAGCUGGCUUUGUUCCGAACCUGAGCUGUGUUCUGCAUGAUGUUGACGAUGAGCAGAAAGAACGCAUGCUUCUUGGUCACAGUGAGAAGCUGGCAGUAACUUUUGGACUGAUGAACACCCCUCCAGGCUUGACUAUCCGGGUUAUGAAGAAUCUUCGUAUCUGUGUUGACUGCCAUAAUUUUGCGAAGUUUGUUUCAAAAAUUUAUGGAAGGGAGAUAUCUCUCAGGGAUAAAAAUCGAUUUCAUCUACUUACAGAUGGAGCUUGCACUUGUGGAGACUACUGGUGAAAGAAACAUUGAUGUGUUACCAUAUAGCUUUGCUGAUCAGCAGAGCUAUUUUUGUCCAGGUAAUACUGCUUACAGGAUAAGCAAUGUAAUGCUGAAUAUGAGAGCAGUGAAAGAGAAAUGCUCUGUUCAUUCCGAGUUCAGUUAUCAGAGAGAUUACCAAAGAUUUGCUACGAAGAGCCACAGUUGGUUCUUCUUAGCACUCCAUACUUGAAGCUUGCACCCUCUUUCUCUCAAUUAUCAUUGAUCGUUGCACCAAGGGCAAUUCAGAGGUUUAGGUUGUAUCAUGGGUUCAUAUGGCAGGUCCCACAAAAAAGAUGUACUAAGGAAGCUUGCACUCUCUCUCAAUUAUCAUUGGUCAUUGCGCCAAGGGCAAUUCAGAGUUUUAGGUUGUGUCAUGGGCUCAUAUGGCAGGUCCCACCAAAAAGACGUACUAAGGCCAUACUCAGGCGGAACAGUGAGGCAUCACCAUUGGCCACGGGCAGGGAGAGAAGGCGGGUCAACAGCGGAGUUUCAGGAGGGCAUUGAUUCCCUGCGGUUAGGAGGCAGGGAGGACGGAGAAGGGCUGGGGCACGCCGAGCAGCUCCUGAGGAGAAAUGGAGGCCUAUCACUGUUUUGUUUUGACAUUAUAUACUGUAAUAAACUUGAAGCUCUGCCCAUCAUACUAUGCAGACUGCAGUGUGUUCUCUUGCACUGUCUGAAGUACAAAAUAAAAAAGGGCAACUAGAGGUUUUACUUCUCUUCAACAAGGAGGCCGGCCUGUGGUUGGGCCUCGGCGCGUUUCCUCAUUCAUUCUUUGACCGCUAGAGGAAGCUUGCGCUCUCUCAUUAUCACUGGUCGUUGCGCCAAGGGCACUUCAGAGUUUUAGGUUGCAUCAUGGUCUCAUAUGGCAGGUCCCACAAAAAAAGACGUACUAAGGCCAUACUCAGGCGGAACAGCGAGGCAUCACCAUCGGCCACGGGCAGGGAGAGAAGGGGGCAGGUCAACAGCGGAGUUUGAGGAGGGCGUUGAUUAGGAGGCGGAGAGGAAGGAGGAGGGCUGGGGCACGCCGAGCAGGCCCUGAGGAGAACAUGAUUAUCGUUGAACUGAAACCAGGACAACAAUUAUGGAACGGAGGGAGUAGUAUUUUGUUUUGACAUGAUAUUGUAAUAAACUUGUUGCUUUGUGCAUCAUAGAAUGCAGAUUGCAGAUUCUUUUCUUCCA